UGGCACUAUUGUUCGCCAUUUCGUCUGGUCUUCGUGAGUUUCUUCGAGCUUUCAAAGACGGCACAAUGGGAAAUAUCAUUAAUAACAAUAGAAUGUUACCAGUAAGUAUAACUCUCUCUUUAUCUCCGAUUAAGAAAUCAAACUGUAAAUAAUCCAGUGAUGAAAUUCAACGAAAUUUGUUCCUUUUGAAUUGGACUUCUUCUCUUCAGUAAGUUAAAUUUUCGUCGUCUUCGCGAAACUGUGAUUGACAUAUAUGGACCUAAGGAGCUUUAAACUAAGCCCCAUUGUCUCAAUGAAUCCUUUAGCCGACUUGGUCGAUACGAGUUUCGAUAUCAAACUGUCGUCAAUCUCUUCUUGAAAGUCAAGGGAAGUUUUCAGUUUUACCGAGUUCAUCAACUCUACAUCAUGCGCGAUCGAUGCCCAAUCCUUCGAGUAAACUUGAACUCGUAAGUGGUGGAGAUUUCUGAGGGUAGCUCGGCAACCCCUCGAUAGAAUACCAUAAGAAAAUAUGCACUUUAUUUCAAAACGAGCAAGCAAGGAACCUGAAAAAAUAAUCUGAGACUUCGCUCAGAAUUUGAACGUCAAACCUUCCCAUGGUGCCUUAACCACGGAAAUGCGUUAGAAGCUAGUCCAGCAUACUGACGAGAUCGGCGAUGAGAAGGAAAUCGGAAUUAAGAUCCUCUACCUGUGACUUUAUUAUGACAUUUCUCUUUAACAACAACAAUACUUCUGUUGCAAAAGUAAGCCUAGAAAGCCAUUUUCUUCAUGCCAAGACAUUAUGCGAUUUAGUAAAAUGUUUUCUCAUUUCACCAGAGAUUAAAUUUGGUGCAUAUGCAAAAUGCAAUGUUUAAAACAAGCUGGAGUCAACAUCAUUCGCAGCAGGAGUUGUGUGCAUGGGCUGAUUCGUCUUGUAAAAUGACCCUAGGCCACCUGCGGUAAACUGUAAUUUGUUGCAAGUCAUGAGUGAGGUCGUAAAAGAAUGCUGAGCAGCUACCAAUGCGUGGCUGUCGUGGCGAUCUCUCACACCCAAUUUCAGAUCACCCAUUUCACCCCCCACAAUGAUGAUUCAGAGGUCAAACUAUAUAUUUGAAAAAAAUUCAAAACUAGUUCCAAAACUUUUUCAUCAAAGGUGAUCAUCUCAUGAUCACAUUUUAUUUUAUAAUGUAUGAAAAAAAUAAUGUCAUCAUAUUAUAUGAUCUAUUGCAAUUUUGAAAAAUCCUAAUCUAUAGUAUUCAUAAAAUAAUUCAUCUUGUGAUUUCAUCCAAAAUCACCAAAAUUUUUUUUUUAUUCAUGGUGAUUAUCUUGUAAUCUCAUUUCAUUUUUUGAUAUAUUAAAAAAGAAUCUCAUCAUAUUAUAUGAGCUACAAUAAUUGCAAUUUUGAAAUACAAGAUGAAAUAAUCAAUGAAAAUGGAUAAAUUAACUGACCGUUUUGUUUGAAAGGCAUAGAAAAUUAUGUCAAUAAUUUCAGAAGAGAACCAUGUGGUUAUAAAAUGGAGAUGAUUUUUUAUAAUGACUAGUACGUUUGUAAUGGAUGUGGUCUGGGUCAUGGUUGUAAAGAUGCAUCAAAAUAUAUUGGCUAUCAUGAAAAUGGUUACAAAAUUCAAAAGAAGAGUAUUUAUCAAAAAAACAUGUAGAAUCCAUGAGGUGAUUUUUAAAAUCAAAAUUUAUAUAAUGAAGUCAACAAAAGAAAUGGCAAACUCAUCAAAUAUUUGAAGAGAUUGACAAGAUGUUAUUCAAAAUAAAAAUCGUGAGAGAAUAAUCAGCAUAAUUUAUAUUUUUCGAAAAAUUUGUAAGUUGUUGAGAGUCGGAAAUUAUAAUAGUAUUGAAUUAUCUAAAAAUAAAUACAUUAAUAAUUAACCAAAAAAAUUGUUUGGAAACAAAUUAAGGAUAGAAUUGAGGACAAAAUAAAAGAGUUAGCUUAUAAAUGAAAUCAAUCAAAAGUCUUGUAAAAUUUUCACUCUAUUUAUUAACAUUUGGACACGAAUCAACUAUUAUAUCAUCUAACAUUUUCACGUCAUUGAUAAACAUCAUACAAUCAAAUGGAAGGCCUCCUAGUGCAGUUCUCAAUUCAUACAAUGUUUUAUCAUAUGUGCAGAAUGCAAAUGUUGGUGUUUCUAUCAUUUUUGGGUAGUUUUAACUUUCGAGUGAGAUUCAAAAGAAUUAUAAAAGAUGACACGCCCACAAUCACUGCUACGUUUAAAGUGAUCGAGCCCUAGAUUGAAGCUGUUAUAAGUGAUCCAGUACUCAAAAUUUUCAUAUGUAAAUGGAUCGUUUGUAAUAUUUAUACGCCAUUUUAUAACCAUAACAAAUUUUAUAACGUAACUUUAAUUUAUUGUGACAUUUCUCUAUAACAAAGUGAGCCUAGAAAAGUCAUUUUCUUUAUGCUGUGAGAGAUUAUCAGCGUUAAUUGAUUUCCGGUUGAUUUUUCGCGAUGAAUGACAGAUGAUUGAGCAAUAGGAUCGUAUUAUAUAUUUAAAAUGAGAGAGACCAGAGCGUGAGACUUGAAAGGUGUGAGAGAGUGGGAAACCAAGUUGAUUUAUAACAAAUUAAAACAUGAGGUUUCGGAUCAUAGCAGACUCUCUAGUCUCAUUUCCGACAAUGCAAAGACAUCAUACAAUUUAGUGGAAUGUUUUCUUUUUUCACCAGAGCCGAUUCGAGUCGGGAUUAUAUUUGGCCCAUAUCCAGAAUGCAAAGUUUAAAACAGGUUUAAGUCAACAUUAUUCGUAGCAGGAAUCUUGUGCACGAGCUGAUUCGCCUCGCAAAAUGACUUUAAGCCACCUGUGGUAAACUGUAAUUUCUUGCGAGUCAAGAUUUGAGAUCGUAAAAGAGUACUCCGCAGCUACCCAAUGCAUUUCCAUAUUUAACAAGAUGCAGUAAUUCAAACCGCGUAUGGAAUAAAAAAUAUAAUGAUCUUAGCCCUUAGACCUCUCAUGGCUGUUUUAAAAUUGAGAAGCUGAGAUACCGUAGUGGUCAUAUCUCGAUCGUUUGUCAUCGUUGUGGACCUGGACAAUAUGGUCGAUUUACAACGAUAAAUAUUUCAAAAUAUAAACAUUUUACACGUAAAAUCUGAAGAACAUACUCUCACCUUGAGUGUCCGCUGUGGUUUCUGGCGAUCUCUGCCGUUUAAAGCUUGCUUUUCCAUCACUGUCAUUCCUGUCUUAAGACGAACUUCGAACUUUCGAAAUAUUUAUCGAUGUAAAUCGACCAUAUUCCGUUCCCCAUACUAUUCCUCAUAACGUGUUCAAAUUCUCAACUGUUCCUCUCGUAACUUAACACCGAGUCACACAACGCGUGACGCUUUCAUGAAUUGAUCAUUUGCUUUUUCUCGAGACGUGAGCUUCGGUUCAAUCAAAAUUAGAGUCAAUUAUGAUAGGGAAAAACCCUGAGAGCCACAAAAAGGACAAAAAAGUCAGCUGCCUCAGUAAUGUUACGGUUGUCUGACUUAACUCCACGAUUUGAAGACGACUAUCUUUAAAAUAGGGAACGGGGAAUGGGAGAAUGGGGGAAUGGGGGAAUGGGAAAAGGGGAGAAUGGGGGAAUGGGAGAAUGGGAGAAUGGGGGAAUGGGAGAAUGGGGGAAUGGGAGAAUGGGGGAAUGGGAGAAUGUGGAAAUGGAGGAUUGAGGGAUUGGGGGACUGGUGGAUUGAGGGAAUGGGGGAUUGAGGGAAUGGGGGAUUGAGGGAAUGGGGGAUUGAGGAAUGGGGAUUGAGGGAAUGGGGAUUGAGAGAACAGGAGAUUGAGGAAUGGGAAAUGGGGGAUAGGGGAAUGGGAGAAUGGGGGAAUGGGAGAAUGGGAGAAUGGGAGAAUGGGGGAUGGGGAAUCUUUUAAACGGGGAAUCUUUAAAAGCGGGAAUCUUUUAAAUGGUAAUCUUUGAUGAAUUCCCGCGACUCAAGAGGGCAACUUUUUUACAGACCGCUUAUACAUUUGGUCGAUUUCACUCCACGCUUUAAAAGAUUCUUCGUUUUAAAGAUUCCCGCUAUUAAAGAUUUCCCGUUUUAAAGGUUCCCGCUUUUAAAGAUUCCCCGCCUUUAAAGAUUCCUCGCUUUUAAAGAUUCCCCGCUUUCAAAGAUUCCCCGCUUUUAAAGAUUUCCUGUUUUAAUGAUCAGGGUUCAAAAUAAUUUUUCAGCUUUCAGGGUGAAUUCGUAGGCUUUUGUCAAGGCUAAUUUUUUUCCCCGGCUGUCACUACUAAAUUUCGGGAUCGGAAUCUUUAAUUUGAUCAACAAGUUUUGUGGCGGCAAUUCGUUUCCUAACAAAACGUAGUGAACGGCUCAAUUUUUCGUUGUUUGUUCAAGCGUGAAGUAUACAACUUUGCGUAGACAAACUGUCGCGCCACUGUCAAGCAUCGAAUUUAAUUUGAGCGCGUGAGAAAGCUUUGCAAAUGAUGUUUAACGGGAUUUGACGGAAAAUAAAUCUUGAUUAAAGGUUGUGUGUACGUGCAGAAACAUAAACACGGUAAUGUGACGGUGUGUACACAAACUUGCGUGAUUCACGCUUGAACAAAUAUGUAGAAAGCUGAAUACAAGAAAAAGAAAGAAAAAGAAAGGUGGGGAAAAAUGGCUUAAGAAUUCAGUCCUGAGAAUCUUGCUGGCUACUAAAAGCAUUUUAUUCGCUCUUUACAUACCAGGAUUACCCAAGCAACGUGAUUGUAAGAGUUGAUAAAAUAUCACCUACAGUUCUCGGUAAAGAGAUCGUAAAGCGAUGCGGAACAGAAGGACAGCAUGGAAAUCUAAGUGAAGAUGACCAGACAACCUUAAAAUUUCUGCGAGCUGCUAUCUCAUUCACCUCGAACGCAGAUGACAUGUGCGCUGAUCUAACAAACGCUGCCUUCAUUAUAUCGCAGCCAGGUAAAGAGUUUAUCAUUCAAGCUGGAAAUGGAGAUUGGGAGUUUUUCUUUUCAGAGGACGGAAAGGAUGUUGUACAUGGCCGCUGUGUUCGCAAGAGUCAACGGUUUUUAAGCCUUAUUGGGAAAUUGCUCUAUUUCCCUGUCAGAGCCCCUCUUUUUUUGUUGUCGCAGUUACUAAAUACCACCUCUCAAUUAGCCCUGACGAAUAAAGUUCAGGAACCCACGUCCAUUGUUUCAUAUCCUGAGGAGACGGAGGUAGAAACUCGUAAAACUCACUCAACUGAUGCCUCGAAUCUUACAUUUAGUGCCAAAUUAAGACGUCUCUAUUUAUAUUUAAAAGGGAUAUUUGCGCCAGAUACUAAAUAACGGAUAGCAAAGGGUUUUUACGUGACACGUGAUGACUCAAAAUUCACAAUGUGAUGCGUGAUUUACUAUUUUACAUGCGCAUGACGCGUGAUUUACAAGACUUACUAAUUAGAUUUCCGUGGUAGGUGACCUUUGCUUGACUUUGAUGUCCUUAAUCUUCGUGGUAGGUCCAAACAAUUGUGAGACAAUCAAGCUAAGUUAGUAUAGUUAAAAUUUGCGCAAGGAAUCUGACCUUCAGUGUUUUUUUUGUCGACUGCGUGGUCGUGGUGGUGCUUCAGAUCGUAUGCAGAAAGACCAGAAAGUGACCGAAUCCAUGGAAUAAAAGAUCUGAAAGAAUGUCGACCCAAACGGUUGU